CAGCUGUCUGCACCACACAUAAAAUUAGACCCCCAGACAGUCGUAAUGUAGCCUCCAGCAGCCAGAGACAACUGGGGGAAAUACUGUAGAAGAUGGACCCGAGUUAUAGUUCCAGUCUGUACUUUGGAAGCUGUACAAGCUGCAGUAAAGCGGUGUGUGGUGAAGGGAGAGCCUGUCGGGCGAUGGGACACUUAUUCCAUGACACUUGUUUCACCUGCAGCGUUUGCAGUAGAAAGCUCACUGGCAAGCCAUUUUAUAUAGUUUCAGGAAGAAUCUACUGUGAGGAGGAUUUCUUGUGCUCAGGAGCUCAUCCAGCCUCAGAAGUGUGUAACAGCUGUGGGGAUUUAAUCACGGACAUGAUCUUGCAGGCUCGUGGGAAGUCGUACCACCCGUCCUGCUUUCGCUGUGUGGUCUGCAGACAGAGCCUGGAAGAUCGGCCCUUCACUGUCGACGCAGACAGCAGAGUUUACUGUGUCAGCGACUACCACAAGGUCCAGGCUCCUCUGUGUGCUGCGUGCAGAGUGCCGAUACUGCCAACUGAGGUGAGCUGCAUGGAUCGUUUGAAUAAGGGGAGACACUACAGGUGA